UAGGGUAUUGAAAAACCCUAGAACCAUUUUCGUUUCAGUCUCUCAGUCGCCGGCGCAGAAGCGAAGGGAUUCUCCACCGAAAGCUCCAAUGGGGAUCGAUUUGGUAGCAGGUGGCAAGAGCAAGAAGACGAAGAGGACGGCGCCCAAGUCCGACGAUAUCUACCUGAAGCUCCUCGUCAAGCUGUACCGGUUUCUUGUCCGAAGAACUGGAAGCAAUUUCAAUGCAGUGAUCCUCAAGCGUUUGUUCAUGAGCAAGGUCAACAAGCCACCAAUUUCACUAUCCAGACUUAUCAAGUUCAUGAAGGGAAAGGAAAAUAAAAUUGCAGUGAUUGUUGGAACUGUGACCGAUGACAUUCGUGUUUAUGAAGUCCCAGCUUUGAAAGUUACAGCAUUGAAGUUUACCGAGACUGCAAGGGCAAGGAUUGAGAAGGCAGGUGGUGAAUGCUUGACGUUUGAUCAGCUUGCCCUGAAGGCUCCUCUUGGYCAGAACACGGUUCUUCUUCGAGGACCGAAGAACUCCCGUGAAGCAGUGAAGCACUUUGGACCUGCUCCUGGUGUGCCUCACAGCCACACGAAACCRUAUGUGAGGUCGAAGGGAAGGAAGUUUGAGAGAGCAAGGGGAAAGAGAAACAGCAGGGGAUUCAGAGUUUAAUCUCUCCUACAUGUUCAACCUUUUUUGUGAGACAARAAAUUCACGUUUUGCUAGACUUGCAGAAAUAUUAUUAUGCCAGACUCGGUCAUGUUUUAGUACAAGUUUUCGUUAUUAUAAAAUCAAAAUCGGAUUCACUUUAA